AUGAAUUCCAACCAAUUUGAACAAACUAGGUACUAUGAACAAUGUGUAGUUGAGCAAGAGUACGAUUUAUGUCCCGAUUGCGAUCGACCAAAAACUUAUAAAUGUGACGCGGAAAAAGAGGGCGUCACUUCACCCAUCAAGGAUGAUGAAAAUUUCGGAAUUUAUGUGGCUCUCAAGAGUUUAAACGAUUCUUCAAAUAUUUAUCAAGAUUUUUUGAACGAAUGGAAAAAUUAUUUACAAUUCAUGUAUUCGGUUAGUAAUCAUAAUUCAUCUUUCAUGAUUAUUUAUGGAAUAACUCAAGAUCCUAAAACGUUGAAUUACAUGAUCGUAUUAAAAGAAAUGAAAGUUGGUAAUUUAAGAUCUAACCUCAUGAUAGAAAAAUAUAAUCCGAACGAUAAAUAUGGGAAUCUAUUUCACAUUGCAACUGCUGAUGAUUUGGUACAAAAAUUCAAAUUAUUAAUUAAAACAUAUCCAUAUAGUAAUCAAAGGGUACCUGUACCAGAACAUGAACAUCAUAUUCAAAAUCAUUCAUGCUAUACAAGCAGACAAUUUGAAUAUUCUGAGAUUAAAUGA